AAUGAACGGAUGGAGGGGAGUAAGAGCGAGCGAGCCAGGGAGAGGCGCAGUCAGACAGUCAGGCAAGCCGCCCGGCAAGCAAGGAAGGCAGGCAGGCAGGCUAGCAGGCAGCCAGUGCACCAGCCAAGACCACUAGAUCCGCUCGGCUUACCGACUUAGAGACUUAAGCCGGCAGGCAGUCCGAAAGGCUCAACCGGCUAAGCCUGGCGGACCCACCUACUACCGACGCGCGGCCACUACACGUUCCAUCUACUACGAAAACCGGCGACUACUACCGCGACCUGCAGCACCACUCGCGCUUUCUUACGCUUCCUCCGAUCUCUCCCUCUUUCUCUCUCUUUCUUUUUCACUGUCCCUACGUCGUUCCUUAACUGGCCGCCGUUAAGGUGAGAAGAGCGACGAGGUUAGGAGCCACCUCGCGCGACGUCCACCUUCGACGCGACGUUCCGUUCCGUUCUGUUCCGUUCGUGCUGACUUUUCAUCGUGCUUCCUAUUAUACGACGAUACGUGAUUCGCGUGGAUGAAAAUAUCCUUGGUGCCGUGAACGAUCGCGACUCGAGUGACCAGAGUAUUACGUCGCAGGUGUUCCUGCAUCGACCCGGUUCCCGGUGACCCGCGGGUGGUGAUCGCGAAGAUUGGAUAAGUAAGUUCUUUGUGAUCUACCGGCCGAGAAGAGUGCAGUGACGGGAUUUACCGUGUCAGUAGUCGAAGGAAGUCAUCCGUGAAAAUCGGCAAGCAAAUGCUAAAAAUCAUCUUUCGUACCUGACUAAUCGGAUCCCUGCGUUGGCUGUGGAUCAAACAUCGUUCGAGCGUAUUUAUUGCAAUCAGACGUAGAUAAUAUAGAAAGUAGUAGCCGAGGACCACUUUGGAAGGAAGAGUAAACAAUAACCGCGGUGUGCUCUGUCUACGAUCAUAGUGCUAGCUACCUAACCUAUUUUCCAUUGUGGCUGAUUCUAAAUCUCCCACUAUCCGGAUCUUGUCUCUCGAUCUUUACGUAACGCAACGCGUCGUCGUCGCUACUCGUCGAUCCGUGGUUAUCUAAUUUAUCAGUUCUACCUAAGUGUCGAAGCACGUGUGUUCGCCUGGAUCCUUCGACGGGUUCACACCGUAUUGGUGACGCUAUUCGGAUUCGAUCCAUGGAAAGGAACUCCGUCGAUCGUCGUUCGAUUCUACAGCCCGGGUGUGUGUACGUUCGGGAAAGUGUGAGGAGGAACAGUUGCGCGGAGUUUGAGCCAGCGCGAAGCGACGGCACGUUACGAAUAGUCCCGAAACUUGGCCUCUGACGAUCUGUCCGUCUGAUUACAACAUUUCUGAUCCAUUGAAACUUAUGACGACAACUGGUAGGAGCAGGCGAUUAUCAGUGUCCUUGGAAAAGCGAUCCAGUGCGUUAACGAAAGUUCGUUCAUGGUCUUCGAUAUCGGCGCGAACGAAUACCUGCCGACGGCCGUCGCCGAUAGAACCUUUUAACCGAGAAGAGAGCAGCUCGACGUUUCAGCUUUGAGUGUCCUACAGGACAACUGGUUCUCGCGAUAUCACGCGGUGUAGCUGGCCUCCCGAAGGCCUAGUUGAUCUUGCGUUGCGUUGUACAGAUCAGUCAACACGACGUUAACCUUCUAUAGUAUGGAGCGGGGAGGCGGUGGCGGGGGGAGCCUCGAACUAGCCGGUGGCGGAGGUGGCGGCGGGAACACGGAUUUGUGUCUUCAGGAUCUCGUUACGGGAUCGACGACCGGUCUGUCGGUCCAGCAUCAUCAACACGCGGCCGCCACGGCUUCCAUGGCCGGUCUCCACGGUGAUCAUCUCCAAGGAACGAUGCAUCAUCAUGAUAUUCAUGGAAACUCGCACCACGACACCUCCAUGGUGCACAAUUCCAUCCACCAACUGCACGAGCCGCUGGAGAAACUUAAACUAUGGGCACAGGGCGACUUCCGGGAAGACAUGAACGAGGGUUUGGCAAGGCUCGAUUUGACGGGUCACGGAGCUCACACCCCCGGUGGCAGCAACCCCAGUACACCGGGUGCGACACCCACGACACCCUCCGGUGGAUUUUCUACCGCACAGCCCAGGUCCCGCACGAACACGACACACAGGCCGGAUAUUCGAAAAGGUGUUCGGACACCCACAGAAGUGAAACACGAAUUGGGCGCUGGCGGAGGGGUGGUUUCACCCGGUGGUGUUGGGGAGAACGACGCGGACGAUAAAGACGGGAAAAAGAACAAGAGCAAAAGACGGCAAAGGACGCAUUUCACGUCGUAUCAACUUCAGGAACUGGAGGCUUUGUUCUCGAGGAAUCGGUAUCCGGAUAUGACGGCCAGGGAAGAGAUAGGUCUGUACACGAAUCUUCCGGAAGCACGAGUCAGGGUAUGGUUCAAGAACAGAAGAGCGAAAUGGCGGAAGAAGGAGCGGAAUGCGAGCGCAGCCGCAGCUGCGGUGGACUUCAAGACCGGCUUCAGUGCGGCUAGUUUGAACGGUUUCAUCGGCCAGCCGUUUGCCGAUCCGGACGCGUUGUACAGUUCUUAUAGCACGUACAAUAACUGGGCGGCCAAGGUUCCCUCUCCCUUAAGUAGUAAAAGUUUUCCCUGGGUGAACACUCUGGGCUCCGUAGUACCAACGGCGUCCCACCAUCACCAUCACACCCAAGUCAGUCCCGUGAAUUGUUUCAACGCGGCGGCGACAUCGGUCGCUGGCAACCAUAUGGGCGGUAUGCCGGUCUCGGUAGGGCAAGCGGCCACGUCGAUGUUGCCCGGAAUGGGAUCAGCUUUAGGGGUGGCUGGUUCGCCGGUCGCGGCGUCAGGUGCCGCGUGUCCUUACCCGGCUCCGGCAGCGCCCCACCACCCUUACGGACCACCGGUGUACACGCCACACCAUAGAACAGCGGCAGCCCCGGAGAGCUGUACCGUGAUGACGUCGAGCAGCAUCGCCUCGUUACGAUUGAAGGCUAGGCAGCACAGCAGCGGUUACAGCAGCUUGAGCGGUAGUUCCUUCAACAUGGACAGCACGUCCGUGUCAGCUGCUGGCAGCCCGGUUAGCUCCAGAGCGUCUUCGGUUGGCGGUGGACUGAGCGCGUGUCAAUUCGCGCUGACGAGCACCGGCGAGGCGAAUCCCCAUUCGCCUAGCAGCGAGGCUCACGUGAACGCGACCAGCAGGGCUCAAGUCUGAGGUGAAGCGGGGG